CGCGGCCGGGGGAAGGCGGCUCCCGCCGGGCCCAGCGCGGCGGCGGAUGGCGGGGGGGCCGCGCCCGGCGGGGGCCGGCGGGGGCGCCCGCUGAGCGGCGGCGGCGGCGGCGAUGCCGAGGGGCCCGGCUCGGCGGGGCGCGCCCGCGGGGCCAUGAGGGCGGGCUCCGGCCAUGGCCCAUGGCAGCGCGGCGGUCAUGCUGAAGUGCGUGGUGGUGGGGGACGGCGCCGUGGGCAAGACGUGCCUGCUGAUGAGCUACGCCAACGACGCCUUCCCCGAGGAGUACGUGCCCACCGUCUUCGACCACUACGCAGUCAGCGUUACCGUCGGGGGCAAGCAGUACCUGCUGGGGCUGUACGACACCGCCGGCCAGGAAGACUAUGAUCGUCUGAGACCUUUAUCUUACCCUAUGACCGAUGUCUUCCUUAUCUGCUUCUCAGUGGUAAACCCUGCUUCAUUUCAAAAUGUGAAGGAAGAGUGGGUACCGGAGUUGAAGGAAUAUGCACCUAAUGUUCCCUUUUUACUAGUAGGAACACAGAUUGAUCUCCGUGAUGACCCAAAAACUCUGGCAAGACUGAAUGAUAUGAAAGAGAAGCCCGUAUCUGUGGAGCAAGGACAGAAGUUAGCAAAAGAGAUAGGAGCCUACUGCUAUGUGGAGUGUUCAGCUUUAACACAGAAAGGACUGAAGACUGUUUUUGAUGAAGCUAUUAUAGCCAUUCUAACUCCAAAGAAACACACAGUGAAGAAGAGAAUAGGCUCAAGAUGCAUAAACUGCUGUUUGAUCACGUGAGAGACAUUUGACAAUGGCCAGGCUUACUGUGAAAUUCUACUGAUUUUAACUACAAUGCAUUAAGUACAAAGUGAAUUUGUUCCAGGUUUGAAAGUUAAACCUACGAUUCUGCCUUCUACAACCA